CCUGGACUUUUUGCGACAUCGAAUGCAACGCACGAGCAGUCCGUGAAGAAUUCCUCCACCACCCAUUCCCUCCCCAAACCCCGCGCGUGACGAGCAAAAAUGGCAAAGGGACUCCGCGCCUCCACCGAGCGCACGAACCGCAGGAAGCUGCGCGCCAACGUCUUCGGCCCCGUCGAGAAGGCGCGCGCCGAGCGCCUGCACGCAAAGCUGCUCGCGACCAUCAACUCGGAGAAGCCCGCCCGCCCCGCAAAGAAGGAGAUGGACGUCGACGUCGACGUCGACGAAGAGGGUGCGCAGCCAAAGGAGUCUCUCAAAGAAGACAUGGACGUAGACGAUAAAACGACCAAGAAACCACACCGCUCGCAGAGCGAGAAGAAGACUAAGAAGGAGCGCGCCCGCAAACCGCGGAACAGCAUCACCUUCCCCAAGACGCGCGGAAAGGGCGCCCUGAAGCCGUUCACGGGCAAGAGCAGGGUCAGCAAGCGCAAGUGAGGAAGGUGGACAGCGAGUGGGCUGGUGGCACUGGCGUGGACUGACGUGGAACGAUAUCUACAUGGCGUUUGGGAUGCAUUGCAGGCGUUACAUUGCUGUUGCUGCUGCGGGGGAAACGCAGCGGAUUGGAUGGUACCACGGCGUGUAGAGCGCAAUAUCAAAAAUCCAUCUCCCCGACUCAUCCAUUUUGCUUGCAUCCUCCCACGCCUUCAUCAGCAGCCAGCACCCCGUUCCGAAAAAAAACCCACU